AACAAAAAUUGCAAUUAGUAAGUGAUCGUCGUCAAGUGAACUUUAUUUAUUCCAAUGUCUAGUUAAACUUUCAAUUUUCUCCAAAUAAUGUUAUCAAAUCUAAACGAUGAUUGUCUCCUACAAAUAUUCGAACUGUUACCUCUCCAAGAUCAAGUACAACUUACUACAAUCUGUAAACGUUUUCAAUUUUUGAUUGCAAAAUAUAUUUGGUCUAAAAAAUACACUGAUCUUCACAGCCAAAUGAGAUGUUUACAACCACUCGAUCUGCAGCAAUACAAACAAUUCUUUCGCAUUAAUCAGGAAAAUAUACGACAAUUAAAAAUAGAUGUUAGCAAUAAUUUUGCCUAUGUCUAUAAUUCGAAUCGUUUGAAUAAUCGACCGGAUUAUACGUUUUAUUUUAAACUAAAAAUGCCAAAUAUAAAAGUAUUACGUAUAAAAUGUCCAGCACCAUCGAUACACGAUGUUUAUAUUGAAAUGUUAAGUAAAAAUUGUCCAAAAUUGGAAAUAUUGGAUUUGGGUAAAUCUAGAGUAUCUGGAGCGUAUGUCGAAGAUAUACGGUCUUUACAACUAAUUACAACUGGUAAUAAACACAUACAAUUGCCGUUUAGUUUGCACGAAUAUGAGGAUAUUUUACUAGACUAGUUUGCCCAGUAAACAUUGUAUAGAGAACAUGGACAACGAGCAGCUGUUAACAUUCCCAAGGAUUUGUCUUGAUAUAUAGAAGUAAAUACAUGGUUAUUUGCCUUAUAGAGCAAAUACAGAGAGGUGGUUAAGAAAGUAUGUUUAAACAUAUUUUUAAUUUGUUACAAAAAGUUAUUUUAAAUGUGAUAUUGUUAAAUUGAAAAAGAAAAUUCAAUAAAAUUAUGUUUUGUUAAACAGAAAGUGUUCUUUU